UCCGCCCACAAAAGCCAGAGCUAUCUGAGCGUAUCUCCCCCUUUCUAUCUAAAAAAUGAAAGUGUGAACGAAUAAAAGGGAAAUAAGAGUAUCAUACAAAUAGUGGCUGGUUUUCGGUGGCCUUCCAGGCGGCGACGACGUGCUGGGAGCAGCGGAGGCACGCGGGCACAGCAGAACAGGGGUGUUGUCCUGAUGCUUAAAUGGAAGUGGGAGGGCCUCUUCGGUAACACACCGCGAACGCCGUUGUGGAUUUCAUCCUGACAAGCGCUAAUUUGCUGCUUUCCGGACGCUCAAUCCGGCUAAAAAGACGUACUACGCGGGUGCCAGGGGACGGGGACGGCCGGAGCUUUCUCCGUUAUUUCUGUUAACCGGGAAGGGGGGAGGCUGUUCCGCUGUGAAUCCGCUUGGCACCGCCCUUCCUGGACGGUGGGUGGUUUCGUGAAAACGGGCACAUCCGCCACGGCCCAGAGCCCAACAUACAGGCCGUCCUCCGCUUCCGUACCCGGCCGGCCGGCCUUCUACCGUGAACUACACCCUCUCCCUCUUGGUAUAUUAAUGCGUUAUGAGUGACUCUAAGAAGGAAUCAUCGGGAACUGAAGGAGGGAAAGUGUCAAAAAAGGGGAAAAAUUCUGCAUCGCAGGAUUCUUCUCAGCCCUCUCCGUUGGCUUUGCUGGCGGCCACCUGCAGUAAGAUCGGAGGGCAGGGGGGAGCAGAGGGGACGCAGGUCCAGACGGGGCCCCAGCAGAUCCAGCUCCAGGCUGGUCAGAUUCAGCUGCAAGCAGGUCAGCUCCAGGGUCAGAUUGUAGUCGACACAUCUGGGAGCCAGGCCCUAGUUCCCCAACAGCUGGAACUGGUCCCGGCUCAGUUCACGGGGAACGGGUGGCAGAUCAUUACAGCACCAGCUACCAUGGCCAAGGAGAACACCAACCAGCCGGUAGCUGUAACAGUGGCCACUACUGUUCCAAAUGACAGCUCACCUGGACGCAAGGUGAAAGCCGUAGCUGGGACCAACAGUGUGGCCGCCAAUCAGCAACAGCAGUUCCAGAUCAUCCAGGUUCAGAACUUGCCCAAUUCCGGAGGCGGGGUCCAGUACCAGGUCAUCCCUCACCUGCAGACUGCAGAUGGACAGCAGAUCCAUAUCAACCCAACCCAGCAGGCUUCCAUCGGGGCUCUGCCCGAGCAGCUCCAGCUCAUUCAGAGUCCGACUCAAGGCCAGGCUCAGGCCAUUCUCCAAACAGCCAACCAGCAGGCCAUCAUAUCAAGUACAGCCAAUCAGACGGUGCCAUUGCAAAUCCGUCCCGCUCAGUCUUUCCCCCUGCAGCUGCAGACCCUUCAGGGCUCUCAGACUCCUGUCAUGACCACAGUACCCAUCAACCUUGGUGGCAUGACCCUGGCUUUGCCUGUGAUCAAUAAUGUUGGAGGAGGCGGGGCCGUGCAGCUUAUCCAAUCAGCAGAUGGCACUUUUUCUGUUGCCAGCGGCAACCAGCUGAUGACGACAUCAGCGGUGUCUGGGGCAGCAGCAGUAGCUGAAUGUGACAGUAUGUCAGAUGGAACACAAGUGGUCUCUGCUGGUAUUGAGGGCGCAACAACUGAAAACCAAGCACAAAGCACCGAGGCAGACUCUCAAAGUCAGAACCAGGCCAAUGGAGUCCAAAGCCAGGCAGACGCACUGGGAACAAUUCAACAGGUGAUCGUGGGGCAAGUGGGACAUCAGCUGGUGCAGCAGAUCCAGCUGCAGCCCCAGGCUCAAAGUCAAAACCAAGGGCAGCAGCAGCAGCACAUUCAGACUCUCCAGCUGGCCCCUGGUCAAACUCUACAGCCCAUUCAGGCCUUCCAGAAUCCAGCCCAGGUCCUUGUUCGCACACCCACCCUCUCCCCUUCCGGGCAGAUUUCCUGGCAGACGCUGCAGCUCCCUGGUGGUGUUUCCCUCCAGGGCAGCCUGGGAGCGGCAAUGCCACAGCAGCUCACGCUGGCCCCGGUGGCUGGUGGGACAACAGUGGGGAGUGGAGGGUUGGUCUCCUUGGGCGGAACUCCUCUGACACUGAGUGCAGCUCAAAUCAACCCAGGAUCCGGUGUACAGACGGUCAGCAUCGCCGGGCUCGGUAACGCCGGGGUUCAGGUGCAGGGUGUGCCCCUCACCAUCACAGGUCUACAGGGUCAACCGCAAGGGCAGGAUGGGGUCAAAGUUCAGUCGUCGCCUGUGACGGUCGCCGUGGGUAAUGUGGCAUCCAGCUCAUCAAUGAGUCCAGACCAGUUAGGCUCUGUGCAGAGUUCCUCAGACCAAGAGGGACCACCCAGCAAGAGGCUCCGUCGAGUCGCCUGCUCCUGCCCAAACUGUAGAGAUGGAGAAGCAAGAAACAGUGGGGACCCCACGAAGAAGAAGCAGCACAUCUGCCACAUGGAAGGCUGCGGGAAGGUAUACGGCAAGACCUCCCACCUGAGGGCCCACCUGCGCUGGCACACGGGCGAGAGGCCGUUUGUCUGCAACUGGAUCUUCUGUGGCAAGAGGUUCACCAGGAGUGACGAGCUGCAGAGACACCGGAGAACGCACACAGGAGAGAAGCGCUUUGAGUGUCCUGAAUGCUCCAAGCGCUUCAUGCGUAGCGACCACCUCUCCAAGCACAUUAAGACUCACCAGAACAAAAAGGGCGGGGCCGCCGUGGCAAUCAUCACCACUGACAACAUGGAGGACGACACCCCCGAGGGCCUCCAGGCUUCCCCUCAAAUAGUCACUGUGGCAACCCUCUCCCAUGACUCUGAGCCCGCAACACCGACCACCUCCAAUCACCUGGAGGAAGAUGAAGAGGAGGAGUUUGAAUAGACAACCGGUAUUCAUUCAUGUUCAAGGCGCUGACUUCCUGUUAGUGGAGGUCAUCGCAGAGACUGCUGGCGUGGCUGCUUCCUUUUUAC